AAAGAGAGAGGUCACAAGCAAGUAGUGGAACAUUAGCGGCAACUAUCAAAGAAGACAAGUUACAGCUUAAGGAGCGAAAUGGCACAAGCCUUUAUGAAAGUGCAACUUCUGCUUCUUCUAGCAACAGCCAUGGCUAUCUCAUGUAGCAACUGUAUGAGAGUCCCUGAGGUGUUUGUGGCCAGUGGCUCAGUUGCAGUGUUGCCGUGUGUAAUGUCUUCCUCAACUAAACACUCCCCUGCUGUCACCUGGAAAAGAAUUCUUGAAAGUGAAGAGAGGACGGUGUGGCGCAGAGACAAGAGUGGGCUCGAGUUUCGGCCAGUGGGACAAGCGCCACAUGCUCACUGUCCCCAUCCAAACUUUGGUAAUUCAGAUUACAGUCUUCAUAUUGAAGGGACAAGGGAGGAAGAUGCAGGAAUGUAUCGCUGCGAGGUGGAAGGACAGAUCUUCAUAAAUGUCAUGCUCCACGUCAUCAAAGUGUCAUAUUCUCCUGCUGAGGUAUUUGAGGGUGAUCAGCUGACGCUGAGCUGCAGUGUCACUCCACAGCCAGUGGUAAUGACAAGGAAGUGGGAACUGAAUGGCUCACCAAUUACCAGUUAUAGCAGCAUACAGACAUACACAAUCAAUAAAGUGUCUCAGAAGGAUGCAGGAACUUGGAGUUGCCUGAUUGGAAACAAGCAAACAAACGGAAAGGCAUCCACAUCGCUGCAAGUCAAAGGAAUCCUGGUCCCUAGGGAUAACUUGGAGGUAGUGUAUGCAGAAUUGCACUCCUCUGUCACCCUGCCCUGCAUCUUCUCCAGUGAAUUCCUCAUGAACAGCUCUUCCUGGAAGAAAGUAUCCAAAACAUCUAAUCUGCCUGCCAUGCUUCCGUCGUUUUUCAACAUUUCUUCCAAACCCGGAGUUUCUCGGUGCUCCUCAGUGCAGGUGGACAGAUCAGCAUACAUUGAGAGUGUGCAGGAUGGAGAUGAAGGCACAUACAGGUGUUCGGGACAGGUGAAGGGAGAGAACGGCAAGCGUGUGAAGGUGGAGAGGAGCAUUCAGCUGGUCACUGCUCAAGUUCUGAGCUCAUACAGAAAUGGCAAAAUGACCCUGACCUGUCGCAUUAGCGACACCAGCCAAGUCACCAGUUAUGAGUGGAUCCAUGUGGAAUAUGGUGUGAAUGAUACUCAGACAUUCACCUCUGUCCAAAAAACAACAUCAAAAGUGCUGAGUGUCCCAAAAGAGAAGCACCUAGGAGAAUGGGUCUGCCGUUUCUUUAACCAACAGCAGCUUCUGGGAAAUGUAACUUACCACCUGCAAAUGAUGAGUGGUUUGGAGGGACAGCAAAAAUCUACAAGUGGAAACAAAGCAGCCAUGACUAUAGGACUGUGCUUUCUGUUCUUGUUGUUGGUGCUUAUUAUGCUUCAGCUGUACAAAAACCAUCGCAGGAGAAAAAUGAUCUUGCAGUAUCCAGCAAUGGAGACGAUUGUUCACCUCGCUGCUAACGAGCGUGAAUUUAAAGAACGGUUCAAAGUGAGAGAGAAAACCCAGAAUGGUGCAUGUGGUGAAGAUCAGAAAUCAGUUUCUGUGUAAAUCCAUUGAUAGUUUGGCUGUUUGUAAGGACACAUCUUUUUACAAUUCAUACGUUAUAUGUGUGUGUGUGUGUGUGUGUGUGAGAGAGAGAGAGAGAGAGAGAGAGAGAGCAAAGGAAAGAGAGACAGAGACUUGCAGGCAAUUGUAGCAUAAAUUUUCUUACAACAUUCUUUGUCAUAAUACUAACCAUAUCCGCACAUUUAUUUUAUUAAUGCUGAUCUUAUGUAUGAUACUGUAUAAAUAUAUACCAAUAAAGUGCAUGUAUUAUUAUGAA